UAAAUUUUUUUAACAUUUAUUCAUUUUUGAAAGGCAGAGAGAGACAGAGCAUGAACGGGGGAGGGGCAGAGAGAGAGGGAGACACAGAAACAAGCAGGCUCCAGGCUUCGAGCUGUCAGCACAGAGCCCGACGUGGGGCUCAAACUCACGGACUGCGAGAUCACGACUUGAGCCGAAGUCAGCCGCUUAACCAACGGAGCCACCCAGGCACCCCAGAGUUCUCCUUUUUUAAAAAAUAAUUUAUCGUCGAGUUAGCUAACAUACAGUGUAUAAUGUGAGACAGGAGACCAUCAAAAUCCUAGAGGAGAAAACAGGCAACAACCUCUUUGACCUCGGCCACAGCAGCAUAUAGAUAUUAAAAAAAGAAGUAGUCCCUGGUUCUUGAGGCAUUUGUGAAAGGAGGUGAUUCUACUCCAUCAGUGCUAAGUGUCACAGUCAGAGCCAAGGAAGGCUUGAGGCCUCCUCUGGGGCAGCCCCAAGGCAGUUGGCCUGGCCUUGUCUAAUUCUGCUAUGGAUGCUCACUAGUCCAGGUCCUCUGUGGAAGGAGACAAAAAACAAAAAAACAAACCCUGCGGAGGAAAGACUGUCCAAUCCAGUCUGGCCAAGAGUGGCCUCUCUGUGGGGUCAUAGCCUUGCACCCAGAGCCUGUGCUUUGGCUGGAGAGGAGGAGGCUAUGGCCCAGAAAGCAAAGAUGGGGCCAGACCGGUACUCUUCCUGACCUGUUGGGUUUUCCUUUCCACAAUUGGCUUAUUUCCAAUUUUCAGCUACAGAAUCUGGUUCAAGUCCUAGCUGUUCUGUGGACAGAGGUCCAGCAAUGGCCAAACCACACAAUCUGUGGGAGGUGAGUCCUCAGACUCUUGGAGGCCUCAGAAGUACAGAUGAACAAAGCACCUGGACCUGCUUUGGAGGGUCUCACCAUGAUCUGAGGUGUGUCCCUUGUGCUGUUUGAUUCCUCAUCUCCACAGCAAGAGCGGGAACCAUACCCCACUCCGGGGCACUGCCAAUCUCACAAAGGUGGUGAGAAUCACCAUGGGGAAGCAUUACCCCUCUGCAGACUGGGACAGCUUCUGGGGCAACCUCCAUGGCCAUAUAAAGUCCAUGAAGACUUGAGAUAUUUCCUAAGAAGGGAAGACACCCACUGAAGACUGAGGAGAAUGAAAAGAGAACAGGAGCAGAAAUGCCCCAUAGUGAUGGCAAAGUGUAUUCGUUACCUAUUGCCGUGUAACAAAGUAUUCCAAACCUUAGCAGCGGCUUCGAACAGCAAGCAUUAUUCCACAGAGGUUCUCAGAAUCCGGAAUCAGAAGAGUGGCAUUAUCUUGGUCUGGCUCAGGGCUCCUCAUGAAGUUGCAGUCAAGAUGUCAUCAGGGCUGCCUCAUCCGAAGGCUGGAAUGAAGAUGUGGGGCCUGUUUCUAAGAUUGCUCACACAUAGCUGUUGUCAGGAGGCCUCAGUUCUCCACCACGUGGGCCUCUCCACAGGCUGCCGGAGUGUCCUCCUCACCUGGCAGCUGGCUCCCCCCAGGGGUGAGAGCCAAGAAAGAUCAGGAAGAAGCUACAAUACCUUUUGUGAUCUAGCUUCAGAUGUGACGCAACGUCACUUCUACCAGGUAGUAGAUUCUUUGGAAGCAAGCGACUAAGUCCAGCCCACACUUGAAGGAAAAUUAAGCUCCACCUCUUAAAUGGUAGAGUGUUAAAGAAUUUGUGGACAGAUUUUAAAACCACCACACGUGAUGUGUGACUUGGGGCGAAAUAACAUUGUCUUAAGUAUUACCAGUUUAGUUUUCAACAAGUCCAAAAUAUAACUCUCGUACAAACACAAAGUGGGCAUGUGCCAAAGAUUUACCAUUGUUAAUAAAUGAAGGAACCAGCAGGACGAUGAAACUGAUUCAAAAGGUAUGAUCAGUCAGGAAAGAAAUGGUGGGAUGGGUUGGCUGACUUAGAUUAAGAAAAACAAAAGCAAAACCCUGCUUAAUGAAUUGCAAGGCAAUAAAACUGCACCCUUUGGAUGCUGUAUUUUUUAUCAGGCAGAAAUGAUUUGCAAUUUAUCUCUCUCUCCUUAGUUCACAUCUAACUUCGCAGAAUCUGGUAUCUACUCCACCAUCAUAAGUCAAGCCAAGGCAUCCGUUUCCUAGAGAAUCGAGUCAUCACUGGUGGAGCCUGUUCCAUGAUGUUCCAAUGCAACAUUGGAAGCACAUGUGGUCACCAUUUUGUCUUUUUUCAAGAUUGAAGAACUUAACAUUUUUUUUCUAAAUUUUUUUAGCGUUUAUUCAUUUUUGAGAGAUAGAGACAGAGUAUGAGCAGGGGAGGGGAAGAGACAGAGGGAGACACAGAAUUUGAAGCAGGCUCCAGUCUCCGAGCUGUCAGCACAGAGCCUGCCACGGAGCUGGAACUCACGAAUCCAGAGAUGGUGACCUGAGCCGAAGUCAGACAUUUAACCAACUGACCCAUCCAGGUGCCCCAAGAACUUAACUUUCUUAACGAGGGCUCGUUUUGUUUGUUUAUUUAUUUAUUUAUUUAUUUAUUUAUUUAUUUAUAUUUUCACCAUCUUAGCUCCUUCAUUCACCUCUCCAUCCAUUUGUCCUGUACCCAUCACCAUGAAACACAUUGCGAAGCAAACACAGCUGGCAGAAACAUCCCCCUGCACCCUCAGCAAGUCGCCCCAUCUGGAGGGGGACAGCCACGCAUUGGCAUCAUUUCAUGUUAGUCAGAAUGAGGACAGAGCUUUUGAAGCCCCACACACGUGUCCUGUGGGCACGUGGGUGCAAUUCACUGGGGUUAGAGGAUCAGAGCCCAGGGAGGUUGGUGUUUUACUUUUUUGGGUGAAACAAUAUGUACUUCUCUAUAAUCGCUUUACAAAUGAAAGCCUGUCUGCUUAAACCCAUUUUGCUGAUAGGACAACACCUUCUGGAGUUUCCUUCUGGUUUUGUUCUUUUUUUGCAAUUAUUUCAGUGUCGUUUCCAUUUGGUCCGUUUAAUGAUUUUAAAAUGUUUUGGCAGGUGUUUUUCACAUUAGAAUAACUUGAUAUUUUAUUUAUUCCUGAACGCUGUAAGGGUUUUUUAAUCUAUAAGCUGGAAUGCAAUUUCUUUAACAUUUAUACCUGAACAAUAAAUUGCUAUCAAUGGCACUCAAGAUAUAAUUAAAUUGUUAUUAUGCACUGCCCUCUACCUUUAAUUCAGAUCCAUCACAGAGAACGUAUGGAGGUGUUGAAACUGCAUGAAUUGUUAUCCAAUCACAUUUUAUUUUGCCAGUUAGGUACUGGAGAAAGAUCAAUCACAGAUGGCAUGAGCUAGAUUUUACUUUCUGAGGAAAUAAUCAAACGCAUGAGCAAAGAUGUUGAUGCAAAAAAUUUGUCACAACAUGAUUUUCAAGCAAAUAAUAAUAAACUAAUAAUAAUUCAUUGCUAUAAAUAAAUGAUGCUGCAUCUAUAUAAUGAAAUGUAUUCAGCUAUUCAAUGUUGCAUCAUUCAUAUUUGGUAUGGAAAGAUAUUCUGCUAUUUGCUAUAUGCAAAAAGCAAGUUGAAUCUAGUGUAGGUUUCUGUGAAACACUGUUGACAGUUACGCGUGUAUGUAUGCAGAGGAAAACUGUUUUCAUUGGCUUUCUGGUGGCACACUCACAGAACACAAGUAUUCACUUUUUUUUUCCCUGAUCUGGAUUUUCAGGUUUUUCUACAGUGAACAUGUAGACUAAACAUUGCCUACACAGGAAAACCCCACCUCCAGCAUUUUCCAUAGGCUUGGCAAAGUCAGGAAGGGAGGAGGGAAGGAAGGAAGGAAGGAAGGAAGGAAGGAAGGAAGGGGGAGGAAGGAGGGUUUGUUCUAAAAUCUGCUUGCCUGGGGGGGCUAUCUGCACUGUAGUCUUUGGGUCUGGAAGCACUUGAAGUCCAGGAGCUGAGUGCUGGGAAGCGCUGGAAAGCUUCAGGGAAGUUCCUCAGAAUUGCUAAAAGAAGAUUAUCUCCAGAACCUUCCUUCCCUGGGAGAGGAGAGUCUGCACACUGUGAAACUCAAGAUGGUCCUGAGUGGGGCGCUGUGCUUUCGGAUGAAGGAUGCAGAAUUGAAGGUGCUUUAUCUGCAUGAUAACCAGCUUCUAGCUGGAAGGCUGCAUGCAGGGAACAUCAUCCAAGGCGAGGAGAUUAGUGUUGUCCCCAAUCGGUCUCUGGAUGCCAAGCUCUCUCCAGUCAUCCUGGGUGUCCAGGGAGGGAGCCAGUGCCUGUCAUGUGGGACGGGGCAGGAACCGACUCUGAAACUAGAGCCAGUAAAUAUCAUGGAGCUCUACCUCGGUGCCAAGGAAUCCAAGAGCUUCACUUUCUACCGGCGAGACACAGGGCUCACCUCCAGCUUUGAGUCAGCUGCCUACCCAGGCUGGUUCCUCUGCACUGUGCCGGAAGCAGACCAGCCUCUCAGACUCACCCAACUCUCAGAGGAUGCCAGCUGGGACAGCCCCAUCACGGACUUCUACUUCCAGCAGUGUGACUAGGGCAAUGUGCCCCCAGAACUCCCUGGGCAGAGCCAGCUCAGGCAGGGGUGAAGGUGGAAGAGGACACUGAUGGCAGCCACCCCCUCUGCUCUCAGGGACCCCACCUCUGGCUGGGCAUUUGGCCACUCUCCCUUUUGGUUCCCAGUUUGGGUAAAUUCUUUCGCGAUUCGGGGCUUAGGCCACAGUUUCUUUCCCUGUUGGGUGCUGCUGCUCUCGUGGCACCUUGCAAAAACCAUAUGAGAUGAACUGGGGGUCACAUAAAAAGGUUCCUUACGGGUCAGGGUGCAGGGAGUGGUAGAAAUCCUUCAUGCUUUAUGGUAACUCAGCCAGUACCCCUGAGCCCACAGGGCAGCCCAUCCCAGUUGAGCCUAUUAGGGCCACUAGCUGCCCACAUGAGGUCCUUUUGUGCACCACUGUGCAGGAGAGGGAGGUCACAGAGUUAGGGGCACAAGGCCCAGCCCCUUCCCUCUUCCCUUUAACUCAGCUGCCAUUGUAUGCUAUUUUUUCCAUCCUAUCCUUGUGCUCUAGCCGUGGCAGGAGAGGGUGGUGGUGUGUGAGGAAGUGGCUCCAGCUCAGAAGACUGAAGAAUGGCCAGGCAGGCAUGUCAUACAUUCUGAGACCCGAGAUACCAUUAAAAUCCAAGAUGCUGGUGUCCACUCACAUGGAAAGAUUCUCACGACAUAUUAAGUAAGGAGAGCAAAUUACAAAGUCGCAUAUCCUAUAAUUUCAUUUUAAUUUAAAAAAAUGCCUAUCUAUAUAUUUCUGCAUAGAAAAAAGUCUGUAAGAGUUUCCUUCGAUUUUAGCAACGUCGGAGUGGUGGUAUCACAGGUGGUUUUUCUUUUUGUUCUUUUAUUUAUUUGCAUUUUCUAAUUGUUCUACAAUGAAGAUGGAUUCCUUGUGUAAUAAGUAAGUUAACCUUGAGGAAAACAGAGCAGACAGUAUUUCUGAUGGUCCUCCGCAUCCACUUCCUUGAGUAAAAUUCAUGUUGAAUUAAGACCUGCUGCUCUGAGCAUCAGUAGUGAGAAUGAGAAAACAGACCUCAACAGAGCUGCCAAGAAAAAUAUGAUGGGUUAGUUAGUGUGGUUGGAAUCUCCUGGAGAAGGAAUUUACAGAAAGAACCAUCCUGGACCUGGAGUGGUCACAACUCCCUGAGAUUUCAAGGUGUGGGUUUCAGCCUCCAAAGGGACCUGUGCUGGUUGAAUAGUGUUCCCCCCGGAUCCGUGUCCUUCUGGGAACGUUAGACCAUGACCUUAUUUGGAGAUGGGUUCUUUGCAGAUGCAAUUAGUCAAGAGGUCAUGUUGUAUUGGGGGAGGGGGGCGGCAGGCUCUAAAUCCAACAUGGCUGGUAUCCUUGCAAGAAGAGGAAAGGACAAACAAAGACCCAGAGGAGACCCAGGAAGAAGGCCAUGUGAAGAUGGAGG